AUGGACGCAUACUUGGGGUACAACCAGAUUCGAAUGCACCCAACCGACGAAGAUAAAACAACAUUCAUAGUCGAUCAAGCCAAAUAUUGUUAUAAGGUUAUGCCCGUUGGAUUGAAGAAUGCUGGAGUGACAUACCAAAGGCUUAUGGAUAAGGUCCUGGCAAGCCAGCUAGGCAGGAAUGUGGAAGCCUAUAUGGACGAUAUGGUGGUGAAAUCGGUUUUGCAAAAACCCGACUUGGCAAGAAGAAUGAUGAAGUGGUCUAUUGAACUAUUCGAUACUAGAGAGAUCCUAUGGAUCUUAUCAGUGGACGACGCCUCAAAUUUAGGAGGCAGUGAGGCCGAGAUUGUUCUGGAAGGUCCAAGAGGGAUGAUUUUGGCAAAGGAGAUGGGGGCAACAAGCUUAUCAGCUCAGAGUGAUUUACAAUUAGUAAUGGGACAGGUGGUGGGAAAUUUCCAAGCAAAAGAUCCACAAUUAGCUAAGUACCUAGAAAAGGUGUUGGUAUUAGAUAAUGGGACUCAAUUCACAAGCGAAAGGGUUCAAAACUUCUAUCACAAAAUCAGCAUCCGGAUGAUGUUCACUUCCGUUGAACAUCCACAAUCCAAUGGGCAGGCAGAGUCAGCAAAUAAGGUGGUAUUAUCGGGGCUAAGGAAGCGGGUCAAGGACUCGGGCUUGUAG